AUGCACGACCUGAGUUCAUCUCCCGUCAUCAUGCUGCUGCACACCGGCCCCAUGCACACAAAGCUGAGUGUGAGGGGCGGGGGUCUUGGUUUGAUUGUGGAGGCUUCAAUGGGACCAGAGAGCGCUUCUGUUCAACUUCCAAGCGGGAAGCGUCGGCUGUCAUCUCCGGAGGUCCGGUUAAAGCAGAUUUGUGCAAACAUGAAGCUGUCCAGAGAAGAAUAUAAAGAAAUAGUGAAGUGGACAGAGCAACUCAGACCCACACGACAAUGUAUGGAGAUGCUGAGAGAGAAGUUCCCCAGUCACUCGCAGUCCACUCUCCUGAGCAUCUUCUCCCUCGAAUACCAGAAGCGCAUCAAAAGGACUAUGUCCAGACACCAUGCUGCAGACGUUGUUGAAGGCUACUACAAAAGGUACCAGACUGAAUCCAAGGCACAGCCCACUCGGCCCGUGCUGCUGGAAAUGGCCAACCAGGUGGAUCUGUCUCCAGCUCUUUUGGCACGUCUCAUACUGGACAGGUUCCUCCAGGACUCUGAUGGCGGCUCACCAUCCAAACUAGUGGUAAGCAGCAUGCUGAAGGAGCCAUCUUUGAUUCCAGACCAAAUUCUGGCCAACAAUAUCUACCAAUGCACAAUAAAUGACUGCUGUUAUGGACCAUUGGUAGACUGCAUCAAACAUGCUAUUGGCCAAGAGCAUGAAGUCUUGCUGCGGGACAAGCUGAUGGAGAGGAACAUGUCCUUUUUAGAUGAAAACCAACUGAGGAUCAUGGGCUAUGACAAAACACCUGACAUUAUUCUGGAGGUGCCGGUUGCUGUUGACGGUCACAUUGUGCACUGGAUCGAAAGCAAGGCAUCCUUCGGAGAUGACCAAAGCCACCGAACCUACCUCAACGAGCAGUUCUGGAGCUACUGGAACAGCGGGGAUGUGUCUGGAGCUCUCUCUGGGAACCCCGGGGUGCUUCCCAGCGGGCCGAGCGAUACCGGUGCAGCGGCCUGUCGCACUGCGUUAGGGCGCGCUCCCACAGUAGAACCAGCGCACGUAAACCCAAGCAGAGCUGUCAGCGCAUCCCCUCGCACCGCCGUACACUUUAAUUGA